AUGUUUAAGUAUACUAUUGUGUCUAUUUAAGGAUUAAUAUGCACUUUUUGCAUUUUAUUGGGGUAUGGUAUGCAAUGGAGCUGUUCAAAAAAAGAGGAGUUCGAGGGACAUAAAUUAUAUAAUGAAUAAACAUUUGAAAACAAUAUUGUGCUAUAGUUUAUUCGGAUGUUAUUUAAGUAAGGCUAUUUUGAAAUUUAACCAUAGAGUCGUUGUUUUAUAAAAGGCCAAUAACAGUUACUGUUGGCUUGUAGGCGGCGGAUGUGUGUUCAUAGUAUAACAUUCCGUUAUAGACGGAAGUACUUUCAUAGUACAUAUGUUUACUUGGUUGUUAAUAUGCAAAUGAGCAAAGCCCAGGUUCUGUUUGGAUUGAGUAUUUACUGUAUAUAAAGACGGUGGACCCAUUCAGGGUCGAGCAUGGUUUUCUCUGAAGGGAUCUAUUGGCCUUGUUAGGCUUGCACAUUACAAAUGGUGGCAGUGGAGGAAUAUUGACAACCGCCGGACCGGAGUUGCCUUACCCAUGAGAUUCCCAGACCAAGACUCAAGACGAGUCUUCUUGGAGGGGAAAUGUAACAAUCCGCAGAAGGCGGCGGAUGUGCGUUCAUAGUAUAGCAUUCCGUUAUAGACGGAAGUAGGUUCAUAAACUGUGCACCUGUGUCUUCGGCUGAGUGACAAGAAGCAAGUGAUUAUUAAGCAGAUCCCUGUUGAGCAGAUGACAAAGGAAGAACGCCAGGCCGCACUCAAUGAAGUGAUAGUUCUCUCUAUGCUCAGCCACCCAAAUAUCAUAGAGUACUACGAAAACUUCCUGGAAGACAAGGCUCUCAUGAUUGUCAUGGAAUAUGCGCAUGGUGGUACUCUGCUUGAUUUCCUGCAGUCGCAAAAUGGCAGGCUACUAGAGGAAGAAGAGAUCCUGUUCUUCUUUGCCCAGAUGUUGUUGUCAAUCCAGCACGUCCACUCUAAACAAAUCCUGCACAGAGAUCUUAAGACUCAAAACAUCCUUCUGGACAAAACCAAGCGGGUCAUCAAGAUUGGGGAUUUUGGUAUCUCAAAAGUUCUCAGCAGCAAGAGCAAAGCUUACACUGUUGUGGGGACACCAUGUUACAUUUCACCUGAAUUGUGUGAGGGAAAGCCAUACAACCAAAAGAGUGACAUCUGGGCCCUUGGUUGUGUGCUGUAUGAACUGGCCAGUCUUAAGAGGGCAUUUGAAGCAGCGAACCUUCCAGCUCUGAUCUUAAAGAUUAUGCGGGGCACAUUUUCCCCGAUAUCAGAGCACUACAGCAAUGAGUUACGGUCCCUGAUCCUCUCCAUGCUUCACCUUGACCCCAGCAAGCGACCGGACAUCAACCAGAUCAUGGCCCAGCCCAUCAUCAUAAAUUCAAUUAUAAAUAUACACACAGAUCUCGGCAAGGUCCCUUGUGCUAGGAUCCAUCGUCCUGUAACUCCCGCCCUGCCAUCCACGGCCAGAAGUCGGCUAAGGGGAAGUGCUGUCAGUGUCAGAGAGUCCAUACCAGCCAAGCCUCAGGCUCUUAGCAGUGUGUACUGUUGGGGUGGGGGAAUCAACACCCCCAUCAAGCUCACCCUCCCCACAAAUGAUACUCAGGUCAUUGAGGUUUCUGCAGGCCGCGCACAGAAAGCAGCUGUCACCAAGAAUGGCAGGCUCUUCAACUGGGAGUCUCCUGGUGUGGGUACAGAAUCAAUGAUCCCUGGGGCCCUGGAGAGUGCCACGCCUGAGUACAUCCCGCGAUUCCUGGAGGGUCAGUCGGCUGUGGCCAUCCAGCACGUGGCCUGUGGGGACCUAUUUGUUGCCUGUCUCACCGACCGUGGGAUUCUUAUGACCUACGGCAGUGGGGCACAUGGGUGUCUGGGACAUGGGAAUCUUAAUGAUGUCACAAUGGCAAAAAUAGUGGAACCAUUGCUAGGAUACGAGGUGGUGGAGGUGUCAUGUGGGGCAUCACAUGUCCUUGCAGUGACCAAUGAAAAUGAAGUGUUUGUCUGGGGAAGGGGAGACAAUGGUCGUCUAGGCCUGGGUACUCAAGAGUCGCACACAACGCCCCAACCUGUGAGCUUCCCGGAGGGUAACAGCCCCUGCUCCGUCAACUGUGGUGUUGACUGCUCUAUGAUCAUCACGCUUGAUAACAAACUCUUCUGCUCUGGGAGCAACAGGUAUAACAAAUGUUGUUUGGAUGAGAACACGAAGGAAGGGGUGACAACUCGGUCUGUAGAGGAGGUGCGUACGUUCACCAAGGUUUCAUCCCCUCCUAUCGGGAAUGCCCUUGUGAAAACUGUCUCCAUGGGAACAUCACAUUCUGCCAUAGUUACAGUUGAUGGAGAGCUGUACACAUGUGGUGCUAACCAGUUUGGGCAGCUCGGCUACCAGACAGACUUCAACAGCAAACAAGCGGGCCAGGUAGUCGCCUUACAGGAGCAUAAGAUCAACAUGGUGGCAUGUGGGGACACAUUUACUGUCGCCGUCAGCCAGGAUGCAGAAGUGUUUUCAUUUGGCAAGAAUGCGAGGGGCAGACUGGGUCGUUCAGAUCCGGACACAAUGACUCCUAAACCAGUCAACAUGGCCCAUGACGACUUGUUUUCUGUGGUCUCCAUCUCCUGUAGUCAUGGGACUACUCUCCUUGCAACAAAACCUGUCCAAGGAGUAGCUGAUUGAGAACAGUGGAUUGGAAAUACAGAUCAACCAACUACUUACAAUGUCUGACUGCUUACAGUGUACUUGUCGUACUUGUGUUACCAGUAUGUUACAGGCUCUACACAGUAUUUUAAAAGUGACUAGUCAGACAUCUUUAAUAAAUACCAUUUCAUAAACUUUUUAUCCUCUUUUUAAUGACAAAAAUGUUAUUUUGAUUCACCAAAGAAAUGUUGAUCAUACUGUCACACCCAUCUGUUGUUAACACCAUCAUUGAAUUUUGAUUGUUUAUGUUUUAUUGAUGCAUUUUAUUGGGAAAAGAAAUCCGUCCAUUUUGUUACAUAUUUAUACUGUUUUUUAUGUUUAUCUCACAUUUAACAAUUCAACCAUUACAUGUAUAUUGGUGUUAUGAAUAAUGUAUUUUGUACUCACUGCUGUUUAAAUGCAGCUGUUGUCGUUUGUCUUUCAUAGAUUGGUUUUGAUAUGUGUAACUAUACAUACAAGCUUAACAUUGAAUAGUAACACUUGUGAUAAAAAAUAAAGUGAAAACAAUUA